UAAUUUAAGGAUUAAAUUGUUAUUUUGAAGAAAAAUUUAUACCCUAGAGCGAAAAUUUGAAAAAAAUAGAUUAAAAUGAUUAAAGAUAUGGCAUAUUUUAAAAAAUCAAGCUUUUAUCAAUAUAUGAUUCCUUAUAUAUCUAUAAAAAAAUACCUAAUGAAUGUUCUGUAUCAAAGUGAAUCGGAUUUUUGUAUUUUUAGACUUCCUGACGAGCUUCUUUAUGAUAUUCCGGAAGCAAAACAGUAUUUGUAUUCACUUUUUCAAGGAUUUUUAGUUGCUUUUGAUGAAAAAAAUAAUCUGGCUGAGUAUGAAAUAGAUCAAAGUGAAAAUCAUGGAUCAACAAUCAAGAAUGAAUUAGAAAAUCUAACUGAACAAAAAGAGAAAAAUUUGACUCUAACUGAAUUAAAAAAGAAAAAGGAUAACAUUCUAAAUAACAUAAAUAUUAUAAAUAUCAAAAAAGCUCUUAUGUCCUCAAAAAUAAAAGAAAUUGAUGAAAAAAUCAGUAUUUUAAAUAAAACGAAAUAUGAUUUACUUAAUAAACUUCAAAAAUUAAGACGAAAAGAGGCAGAAACAAUAAAUACAUUAUGGGAUACAGAAACUAAAAUUAUGGACCUUAUUGAACUGAAAACUUCAAGAACAAUAGAAAACAUGAAUGACACAGAAAUACCUGAAACAGAUGAUCUCAACAAUUCAGAAUUUAUGUCAAAAAGUAUUUACGAUAAAUUAAAUAGUCCCAAAAUUGAUUCAAAAGCAAUUCAGAAGGAUUCUAUGUGUAUACUUCAUGAGCAAUUUAAACCAGGAUCAAAUAUCAAGAGUUGGAAAUCACAUACAGAAACUAUAACAGCAAUAGAUUUCGACACACCUUUCGGAAUGAUGGUUACAGCUUCUUUGGAUGAUACAGUAAAAAUAUGGAAUCUUUUAAAUGGAGAAUAUCAAGGCUUAUUAGAAGGUCAUAAUGCAUCUGUAAAAUGCUUACAAUUAGAAAACAAUAUUGUUGCUACCGGUUCUAUGGAUGCAUCAAUAAAAUUAUGGAAUUUACAACAUAUAGAAUCUUAUCAAGCUGUUCAAUCUUUUGAAACAUUUAAUUAUCUUAAUGCGAAAAAAGAAGAAAACAAUAUACAUUUAUUACCUUUUGAUACGAAAAAAGUUACAAAUGAUCUUAAUAUAGCUACUUUAGAGUCUCAUAUGGAUGAAAUCACUGCUUUACAUUUUAUUGGAAAUGUGCUUGUUUCUGGUUCUAGCGACAAAACUUUAAAACAAUGGGACCUUGAAACAGGAAAAUGUGUGCAAACUCUAGAUAUCCUUUGGGCUACGGCUCAAUGUAAUAAUUAUUUGUCAUCAUCUUUAGAUAACUUUAAAUCAAAAUUAUCUUUUAAAGAAAAGGGAUAUGAUUUUGUUGGUGCUAUUCAAUGUUUUGAUGCAGCUUUAGCUAGUGGAACAGCAGACGGAAUAGUACGAUUAUGGGACCUUCGUAGUGGUUUAAUUAUAAAAACACUUUUUGGUCAUACUGCUCCUAUUACAUGUCUUCAAUUCGAUAAACAUCAUCUUAUUACUGGUAGCAUAGAUCGAAGUAUUAGGAUAUGGGACCUAAGAAUUGGCUCAUUAUACGAUGCAUUUGCAUAUAAUGAUUCAGUAACAUCUUUACACUUUGAUAGUAGAAGGAUUGUCGUUUCUGCAAAUGAACCUAUUAUUAGAAUAUAUGAUCGAAUUGAAAGAAAACAUUGGAAUUGUGGUAUGUUGACUGGUUCUAAUGAACCAGGAAAUAUUGUAAAAAGGGUUUGUCAUAAAGAAGGAUAUUUAAUUUCUGGCCGACAAAAUGGAACCAUUGAUAUUUAUACCUGUUAAUAAAUAUUUUAACAAAAGAGUCACUUUUAUCUAAAAAUCAAAACGAAACAAUCCUUUCAAUACUAAUUCCUAUAUAAUAUUACAAAGUUUUGCAUAAUUGUAGCUAUAAAUCUACAAUUAUUAAAUAAUUAUCGAUUUUAAUUCAUUAAUAGCUUCUUUCAACUUAUCUCUUGAAAUCAUCAUUAUUUCACCGUAAUGUUGUAUAUCAAUAUCUCGAUUAUGAGACACAAUAUCCGAGU